AUGCUUCAGUCUUCAUCCCUGAGGGAUCAAGGAAAUCUAGACCAAAGAAUUAAUAUGGAGCUUGUGGUGCAAGAAUGGCAUGGGACUUCAGCACUUUUGCCUGACUUGCCUAAUUCUAACCACAGCUCAAGAGACCCAGGUAACCCCCAAACUAUGGUCAUCUGGUUUAUACGUGCAUUCAAAGGAAACCAGAAGAAAUUGGCGCAUUUGUGGAGGCUGGAAGGAGCUAGGGAAAGGCUCAGAUUGGUGAAGGCUGAUCUAAUGGAAGAAGGCAGCUUUGAUGAUGCAAUCUUGGGGUGCCAUGGUGUCUUCCACUCUGCUUCUCCUACAGAAAUCCUGGAACCAGCUGUUGAGGGUACAUUGAAUGUGCUACGUUCGUGCAAGAAAAAUCCAUCUCUAAGGCGUGUGGUUCUCACCUCAUCUUCUACAGCUGUAAGGGUGAGGCCAGAUGAGGAUUUCGACUCCAAUAUACCGCUGGAUGAGUCGUCGUGGAGCUCUGUUGAAUUCUGCAAGACACUUCAGCUUUGGUACCCUUUAUCGAAAAUUUUAGCUGAGAAGGCAGCAUGGGAUUUCUGCAAAGAAAAUGGGAUUGAUUUGGUAACUGUUCUGCCCUCGUUCGUGAUCGGACAGAGUCUGCCACCAGAUUUAUGUUCUACUGCAUCAGACGUACUUGGCCUGCUUAAAGAAGGGGAAACAGAGAAGUUCAAGCGGCUUGGAAGGAUGGGAUAUGUUCACAUUGAUGAUGUUGCACUUUGCCACAUCUUAGUUUAUGAGCAUGAAAGUGCUAAUGGCCGAUACCUUUGCAGCUCAACAGUUUUGGACAACAAUGAGUUGGCUUCCUUGUUUGAGCAACUAGGCAGGCCUAGGUAUGAUUUGAACACCUCAAAGUUGAAGAGUCUAGGGUUCAAGUUCAAGACUAUCCAAGAGAUGUUUGAUGAUUGUAUUGCCUCUUUGGUGGAGCAAGGUCAUCUUACUCAAUCAGUCUAA